GAAUUUAUUUAGUAUUGGUGUUAGUAUAAGUACACGCGGGACAAGAGACAAAUUCACGAAUAAACUCUUGGGAGUAUCCUUUAUCAAAAGUUUCAAUCAAAAAAUUUGUCGAAAGUAAAUCUUUUUAAAUAAAAAUCAGUGAUAAAAAUAAAUUAACGUGUAAAUCAAAUAGUUUAUCUCGUGAAUAAUUAUUAUUCACGAAUUAUUAAGUGAUUAAUCAUUACUGCAUUUUGACGUAUCAGGACGCGCCGCGAGGCAAAUAUUUCAUCCAAAUUUUAACGAAAUCAGGAAGGGUGAGCGGAAGCGCAGAAGGAAGGAAGGAAGGGCCCGCAACCCGCCCUUCUUUCGAAAUGAAGCUCGUUGACCAUGUGGUGCGUAGCUUCAAAGUCGCGAAAAUAUUUCGCGAGAACACCGACCGUAUCAAUAGCAUUGACUUCUCUAAUAAUGGAGAAUUACUCAUCUCAUGUUCCGAGGAUGAUCAAAUUGUCAUUUAUGACUGUGAAAAAGGAACGCAAAUGCGUACUGUUAAUUCAAAAAAAUAUGGUGUCGAUUUAAUACAUUUUACGCAUGCAAAAAAUACCGCAAUUCACAGUAGUACAAAAAUUGACGACACAAUACGCUAUUUGAGUUUACAUGAUAAUAAAUACAUAAGAUAUUUUCCUGGUCAUUCAAAGAAAGUUGUUUCAUUAUGCAUUAGUCCAAUUGACGAUACAUUUUUGUCUGGUUCACUUGACAAAACAUUAAGACUUUGGGACUUGAGAUCGCCCAAUUGUCAUGGAGUUAUGAAUGUUUCUGGACGACCAGUUGCGGCUUAUGAUCCUGAGGGUUUAAUUUUCGCAGCCGGUGUUAAUUCAGAGUGUGUCAAAUUAUAUGAUCUCAGAAGUUUUGACAAGGGACCAUUCAUUACAUUUAAAUUGCAACAGGAAAAGGAAUGUGAUUGGACUGGCUUGAAAUUUAGUCGCGAUGGAAAGACAAUUUUAAUAUCAACAAAUGGAAGCAUCAUUCGGCUCGUUGAUGCUUUUCAUGGAACUCCUUUACAAACAUUCACUGGACAUUUAAAUAAUAAAGGAAUUGCAGUUGAAGCUAGUUUUAGUCCCGAUUCGCAAUUUGUUUUCAGUGGUUCCACUGAUGGACGAGUUCACGUUUGGAACGCAGACAAUGGUUUUAAAGUUUGUAUGCUGAAUGGCGAUCAUCCAGGACCAGUACAAUGUAUCCAGUUUAAUCCAAAAUACAUGAUGUUGGCAUCGGCUUGUACAAAUAUGGCAUUUUGGUUGCCCACCAUUGAGGAUUCAAAUGCGUAAAAAACAAGAAGAAAGAAAAAAAAAUUGUAAACUCUCAAAAAGAGUUUGCUCGCAAGAUCAUGUUUCGUCAUCGUGAAAAAAAGAAAUGUUUAAUUAAGUGCAGAGAGAAUAAGUCAAUCUAGCAAGCAAUGUGAUUUACAGCAAAAGAAAAAAAAAAAUUGGACAGGAAAGACAAAA